ACCUUUACUUAUAUAUAGACCAAGCCAAAACUCGUUUUUUCCUAUGUAGGACUUGUGGUAAAGUAACUAUUUAUUAUUUUACUUUGAAAUUGGUAAAUCACAAGGCCCAACGGGCCGUUAUAGAGUGAAUCAGACUAUUUCUGACCUGAAAGAGUCACCGUCGUCAAUUUCAACGCGAAUACGCCGGAUACCAUUCUACCGCCACCGCAUUUCAACCGUCGCCAGUACACUGAAUCGUCUUUUAGCAAGAUGGAGGAUGACAUGGCGAGCCGUCGAGUGUCGAGUCGUACUCGUAAGGUUGCUUCGAAGAUGGCGGCUGCUCUUACAAGCACCGACAAUCGAACCCAGGCUGCUAUAGCUCGUCUAGAGGCUUUAGAGAACGACAAUGGAGCCGUCGAGGUGGUUGAUUUGAACGAUGAUGAAGAAGCUUCUCUCGACGAAGAUGAUGACCUCGGUUACGUGCAGAAGAAGCAACACAAGGGAUCAAAGCGUAAAACUCGACAAGCAAAAGCUUUGGAGGCUCGUAAAGCUCCCAAGUCCUUCACUGAGCUCUUGCAAGAGGCUAAUUUGGAGUCUUUACCGUCGCAUGUGCCCACUUACUUGAAAGCAGCCGUGGGACCUCCGAGUUCGUCUUCACGCCGCCAUUUUUGCACGGUCUGUGGAUACAUUGCAAGCUACAGUUGCUGCUUAUGUGGGAUGCGUUUUUGUUCUAUUCGUUGCCAAAACAUUCACAAGGAUACUCGUUGUCAGAAGUUUGUUGCAUAGGAAUAAAUGUGAAACAUUCUUUUUUUUUCAAAAAUUGUACUGAAACAUCACCGCAUCAACGUGUGUUCUAAUCAUGAAUGUGUUUCUCAGAAUGAAAUAGCCAAAGAAAAGAGUACCGACAAUACUCUCUAACGUGUUCUUAUGAUUAAGAGAAUCAAACGUGGGACAUUUGUUGUUUGAGCUUUUCCAGUAGCUUUCUCUUAGAUUCACAGAUUUGAAGAAACUCACGGAGGAGUUUCUGUUGCGCCAUGACUGUUUUACGUGCUGAAUCUGCCUUGCUCCAUGUUUUCAGUGAUUCAAAGAUGCGACUUCCAACUUCUGACUCUUCGCUGGAUGCGAUGAAACUCUCAAGAACCCCAAGCACCUGUCCUGGUCCACCAGCGUUUUCAUUUCUCUUCAGAGUUGAGAGAAAUCUCUCCACCUGGUCAUCUUCUGGGUUGUU